AUGCAGUCGCUCCGCGUGCUCCUCCUGCUGGUCGUCCUCUGCGUCGCGGCCGUCGGCGCCAACGAGCAGCGCGUGGCCGUCGACCAUGGCCCGUUGGCCUUCUUCGAAGUGGGCUACCUGCGCCAUCUGCUAACGAGCCUCGCGCAAAAGGGCGGCGGCGGCGGCAAGCCUGCGCCUGCACCAGCGCCACGACCUGCACCAGCGCCAGCACCGCGUCCCGCGCCAGCUCCGGCACCAGGUCCGGCUCCUGGUCCUCGUCCAGGACCUGCGCCGGGCCCUGCGCCAGGUCCCGCCCCUGGUCCUCGCCCUGGUCCCGCACCCGGCCCGGCGCCGCGCCCUGUGCCCGCGCCAGUGCCCGCGACCGGUCCCCGCCCAAUUGCGCCGGCUGUACCCGCGAGCCAGCCGAUGCCCAACCAAGGCAUGCGCCCGAUGCCACCGCCGAUGAUCUACACGCCUGUGCAGCCCGUCGUCUUCCUCUCGGUGCAGACGUCGCAGACGAGCGUCGAUACGCUCAACAGCGACGGGUCGCUGGUUGUGGCGGCGGAUCCGGGGACAGCAACCACAGCGCCAAUCUCGGAUGGCACGCUGGUGAGCGCUGGCGCGGUACUCUCGCCGUGGUCGAGUACGCUGCUGCUUGUCGCUGUCGUGCUUUUGAGCUGCCUAACGGGCUGA